AUGUCUCGAUCUCGCCAUGCAAGGCCUUCCAGAUUAGUCAGAAAGGAAGAUCUAAACAAAAAGAAAAACAGCCAAUUGAAGAAGGCAUCCAAGCCAGCCAACAAAAAUGUGACAUCUGUCAAGACUGUGAGCCUUGGAAAAGUAAAGCAAUACAUUCAAGAAGGAGAUGUUAAGAAAAAAACAGACCCUAAACCACCUAUGCCUGUCAGAAGUCUUCUGACAAGAGCUGGAGCAGCCCGCAUGAAUUUGGACAGGACGGAGGUUCUUUUUCAGAACCCGGAGUCCUUAACUUGCAAUGGCUUUACAAUGGCUCUCCGAAGCACCUCUCUUAGCAGGAGGCUUUCUCAACCUCCUGUGGUCAUAGCUAAACCCAAGAGAGUUCCGCCUUCUAAGAGUUUAGAAAAGCAACAUGAGUGUGAUUAUAAGGUAGUCAGUGACAUGGGAGUAAAGCACUCAGAAAAUGAUUCGGUCCCGACCCAAGAUCCCCUCAUCCCGCCUGAUAUAGAGAAUCUGAUUGGUAUACAAAAUACAUCUUUAAUUGAAGGUGAGAGUCAAGAGACAACUCAGUCUUGGUCUCAAAGGAGAGAGGAUUCCAAAAUUGAUGUACCCACUCACAGUAGCUCUGCAGCAGGGAUCUUUUCUGGGCCAUUGGAAGAGAUACAUUGUGGUGAAGGACUAUUCUCUGAACAGACAUCAAAUGAUAUCAGUGAUUCUCCUAAAAUGUUUGCUCAGGACACUGUAGGUGCUCCUUUAACCCAAAGAUCGACCCCCAAAGUUACCUCUGAAAGUAACCCUACCACUCAGUUAGAAGAAUUGGGUUCCCGAGUACAAUCUCUGAAGCUAACUGAUUCUUAUCUGGACCCCAUGAAAACUGAACCUAAUUGUUUCCCACCCCCCAGUUUUAAUAAGAUGAUACCAGAAUUGGAUGUUAGAAACUGCUUGUCUCUUGGUGGGUCUAUAUAUCCCAACACUCUAAUAAAACUCCUUUUGGCAGGCUCAGAACCAGAAACCCUUGGUGCUAACCCAGGUCAUCCAGGGGCCUUCAAAGCUACCUUGGAUCAAGAGGAAGUUCCUGAUACGACCUCUGCCCUAAGACAGGCCUUCAGUGCUAUCCCUCAUCAAUGGGAAUUUCCUGGUGCUAACCCAGUUCAUGGUGGGGCCCUGGGUGAGAUUCCAGACCCACCAGAGAUUCCUGGUGCUAUUUCAGUCCAAGGAGAGGUCUUUGGUACUAUCCUAAACCAACAAGAAAUGCAUGGUGUGGUUGGGGGUGCUGCCCCAGACCUGCCUACUUUUCUUCCUAUUCUUCCAAACCCAAUUACUACCUAUAACGCUCCCCUCAACCUCAAAUGGCCUGAGCCCCAGAGCACUGUCCCAUAUGGGCCUGAGGUCCAGGGUGCUAUGCCAGUGUUGCCUUUGGGCUCAGGACACACUCCUCAAUUAUUAUCAAACUCAGAGUUGAGUUCUGUACCUCCAGUAAUAAAUGCAAGCAACAUAGAAAACGAGAAACAAGUUCAAAUAAGCCUUCUACCAGCUCACACUCAGGGGUUCACCUCCACCCCUGUUUCAGUGGAUGUGGUCCCACUCUCCCAGACCAAACCUAGCAUAUCAGAAAGAGGGAAUUCCCAGGUCAGCAUGACCAGCUUGGCUGAUGAUGUCAACACCACAGGGACAUCUGUGCCAGUAUCACUUGCCAGUACAACCUCUUCUUCCUAUACAACCUUGCUACCAACUUUGGAAAAGAAGAAACGAAAGCGUUGUGGAGUCUGCGGGCCCUGCCAGCAGAAGAACAACUGUGGUGAAUGUACUUAUUGCAAGAACAGAAAGAACAGCCAUCAGAUCUGCAAGAAGAGGAAAUGUGAGGAGCUGAAAAAGAAACCAUCUGUAAUUGUGCCUUUGGAGGUUAUAAAAGAAAACAAGAGGCCCCAGAGGGAAAAGAAGCCCAAAGUUUUAAAGACAGAUUUUGACAACAAAUCAGUAAAUGGCCCCAAGUCAGAAUCCAUGGAAUACAGUAGAUGUGGUCAUGGGGAAGAAAAAAGAUUGGAAUUGAACACACAUCCCCUUGAAAAUGUAACUAAAAAUGAAGAAAGCAUGACAGGUAUCAAGGUGGAGAGGUGGACACAGAACAAGAAAUCACAUUUAACAGAUCAUGUCAAAGGCGAAUACAGUGCAAGUGUAACAGAAGCUCAGAAAUCAAAAACCUCUGAAGAUGACAAGAAACAAAUCAAACCUCCAAAGUUGUUCGUACCAACAGUAAGAAAUGGCAUUAAAAAUGUACAGUGUUUACCAUCUGAAACAAACGUGUCAUUUAACAAAUUUCAUAUUGAAGAAUUUGGUAAGUCAUUGGAAAACAAUUCCUGUAAAUUCCUGAAAGAUACUGCCAAUCAAAACAAUGCCAUGAGCUCCAUUGCUUCUAGUGCAAGUGGUGGUCAUCUCAAGGGGAGAAGCAAUGCGUUAGCCUUCCCGAAGCCUGGCUCUAACUGCACAUCCAUUGAAAAUUCUGCAAACUUAAAUAGUCAUACUAAUGCACACAAUGAAGGUGAUCAACCAAAAACUCCUGAGACCAUACCAAGUAAAGAACCAAAAGAUGGAUCUCCAGUUCAACCAAGUCUCUUAUCCCUGUUGAAAGAUAGGAGAUUAACUCUCGAGCAAGUCGUCGCCAUCGAGGCUCUCACACAACUCUCAGAAGCCCCAUCAGAGAAUUCCUCACCAUCAAAGUCAGAGAAGGAUGACGAAACUGAUCAGCGAACAGCUAGUUUGCUUAAUAGUUGUAAAGCUCUACUCUACUCUGUAAGAAAAGAUCUCCAUGAUCCAAACUCACAAGGGGAGCCUCCAAGCCUUCAUAACUGUCCAUCUCUCGAAAAGCAGAGUUCAUGCAAUCCAGUGGUGUUCAAUGGCCAAAAUACCCUGCCCAAGUUACAGAUCAGUUCAGACACUAACCAAGCAUGUACAAAGCCACAGGAACAUUCAAAAGUAAUUCCCAAAUCAAAUUCAUCUAUAAUUGACAUCAAUAAAAGUGCAUGUGAAGGCAGAACUACUCUUAAUGAUUGUCCUACAAAUUUGCACCAGGUGCCACCAAGAAGUAAUAAAUUGGAGCAUUCUCACCAGUUAAUGGACAGUAAUAAAAACUUAAAUUCAAAAAAUGAUCCAUCAAGUCAGGAUGUAUCAUACAGUCAAAUUGAAGAAGAUGUUGCGACACAAUUAACACAACUUGCAUCAAUCAUUAAUUUCCACUAUGUAAAACCAGAGGAAAAGAAUGUUGAAAGUACACCAACAAGCCUUGUUACAUGUAAUGUGCAGCAAAAAAAUAGUCAGGAGAAGGGCACAAUUCAACAGAAACCACCAUCAAGUGUGCAAAAUAAUCAAGGUCCAUCAUUACCAAAGCAAAAGACCACAACCCAGAAAAAGGCGAAAUCUAUCCCAUCAAGAGAUCGCCGGAAAAAGAAGCCUCCAGCUGGAAAUUGUCAAGAAAAUGAUCAGAAGAAGCAGGAACAGUUGUCCUAUGAGUAUAGUAAGUUACAUGAUAUUUGGGUAGCAUCCAAAUUUCAAAGAUUUGGUCAGUUUGGGUCACAUGAUUUUCCUAUUCUGUUGGGAAAAAUUCCACCUUUUGCCAAAGUAUUGAAACCACUGACUCAAGCCAGUUUAUCCCUACAACAAAAAAAAUUAUUUCCUCCACUCACUCAGAUAAAAUUUGAGAGAUACCCUGAAUCAGUACAGCAAAAAAUGAUGAAGGUUGAACCAUUGGAUUCUCUCCCAAUAUUUCAUGACAAAACAGAAUCCAAUGGGCAGGCGUUUACAGAUAAAGCUUGUAAUUCUCAGGUACAGUCAAUAGUGAAUGUCAAUCAGAAAGCUCAUCUUUUGCCCCAGGCCUCCUCUCCACCUAACCAGUGUGCUAAUGUGGUGGCUGGUGAUGACCAAACACAGUUUCAAGAAGAUGUUCAAGAGCAUCUUGUUCAUCAGAGACUGCCAACAUUGCCUGGUGUCUGCAUGGAGACACCCUUACCAGACCCUGCACAAAUUCUCAGGAAUGUAAAUGUAGUAAGUUCAGGUGGAAUUAGCAUGGUUUCCACCAAAAGUGAAGAGGAAGGCUGUUCAUCUAGCAUUGGAGCACCAGAAUUUUCCCCUGUAGACAGUGCACAGACAAGUUUUAAUGAUUAUCCCAUGAACUUUCUUUGCAAUAACCCUGCAAAAAACCUGGCGGCUACAACAAAGGAAUCAGAAGCUCCGACUUGCGACUGUCUUGAUCGAGGUAUACAAAAAGACAAAGGCCCAUAUUAUACACACCUUGGGGCAGGACCAAGUGUUGCUGCUGUCAGGGAAAUCAUGGAGAAUAGGUAUGGGCAUAAAGGAAAGGCCGUAAGGAUAGAAAAAAUAGUAUACACGGGAAAAGAAGGGAAAAGCUCUCUGGGGUGUCCAGUCGCUAAAUGGGUUAUAAGAAGAAGCAGUGAGGAAGAAAAAGUUCUUUGUUUGGUCCGGGAGCGUACAGGCCACCACUGUCACACAGCUGUGAUGGUGGUGCUCAUCAUGAUAUGGGACGCCAUACGUCUUCCAUUUGCUGACAGAUUGUACAAGGAGAUUAUUGAGAAUCUACAGUCAUACAAUGGUCAUCCGACAGACCGAAGAUGUACCCUCAAUGAAAACCGUACCUGUACAUGUCAAGGAAUCGAUCCAGAAACUUGUGGAGCUUCAUUCUCUUUUGGCUGUUCAUGGAGCAUGUAUUUCAACGGAUGUAAAUUUGGUAGAAGUCCAAGCCCCAGAAGAUUUAGAAUUGAUCCCAGCUCUCCCAGACAUAACUUCUAUGACAGAAUUACUAAAGGACGUAAUCCAAGAAGAAGACAUAAGAAACCGGAACGAAUCUGUCCGGCACACAAGGCCAUGGAAAAAAUCCUUGAAGAUAUUUUACAGGGUUUGGCUACAGAAUUAGCUCCAUUAUAUAAGCAGAUGGCUCCAGAAGCUUACCAAAAUCAGGUAGAAUAUGAACAUGUUGCCCGGGAAUGUCGACUUGGUUGCAAGGAAGGCCGUCCUUUCUCUGGAGUCACUGCUUGCCUAGACUUCUGUGCCCAUCCCCACAGGGACAUACACAACAUGAAUAAUGGAAGCACUGUGGUUUGUACUUUAACCCGAGAAGACAACCGUUCCCUGGGUGUUAUUCCUGAGGAUGAGCAGCUGCAUGUCCUGCCUCUGUAUAAACUUGCAGAUACUGAUGAGUUUGGGUCCAGAGAAGGGAUGGAAGCCAAGGUCAAAUCUGGAGCCAUCCAGAUCCUUCAGCCCACUUGCACGAAAAAAACACGUUUUACUCAGCCUGUUCCUCGUUCCGGGAAGAAGAGGGCAGCGAUGAUGACUGAAGUUCUUGAGCGCAAGAUUAGGGCAGUGGAGAAGAAACAAAUGCCUCGAGUGAAGAGGAAGAAUAACUCGGCGCUGACAAACAACAGUAAAACUUCAUCCAUGCCGCUCCCAGGUUCAGAGAACACUAAAAGCUAUUCAUCGAUCCCAUCCAUUCCUCACCCAGUGAAAGAGGCAAACCUAUCUCCAGUCUUCUGGUCCCCGAAGACUUCUUCCAUGCCAACAGCUCCGUUUAGUUACAAUAAAGUAGCCUCCUACGGGUUUUCAGAAAGAAGUAGCAUUCCCCACUGCACAAUGCCUUCUGGAAGACACAGUGGUGCUAAUGCAGCUGCUGGGGAAGGCACUGGAAUUGCACAGCCUGGCGACCUGGCUCCUCUUUCCACCCUGCCUCCUCCCAUGACAGAUUCCCUUGCUUGUUCUGAGCCUCCCACUGGUCCAACUGAGCAGCUAACUACUAAUCAGCCAAAUCAGCAGUCCCCAUUCCUCACUUCUUCUCAUGAGCCUGCUUCCUGUCUGGUGGAAGAAGAUGAGCAGCAUUCUGAAGCAGAUGAGCCUCUAUCAGAUGACCCCCUAUCAGACGACCUUCUGUCACCUGCUGAGGAAAAAUUGCCCCACAUUGAUGAGUAUUGGUCAGACAGUGAGCACAUCUUCUCGGAUCCCAAUAUUGGUGGGGUGGCAAUCGCACCCACUCACGGCUCGGUGAUGAUUGAGUGUGCCCGGCGAGAGCUUCAUGCUACCACCCCUGUGGCACACCCAAACCGCAAUCAUCCUACUCGCCUGUCCCUUGUAUUCUACCAGCACAAAAACCUGAAUAAGCCCCAACACGGUUUUGAACUAAACAGGAUUAAGUUCGAGGCUAAAGAAGCUAAGAAUAAGAAAAUGAAGGCCUCAGAGCAGAAAGACCAGGCAGCUAACGAGGGUGCUGAACUGUCCCCCGAAGUAAAUGAAUUGAACCAAAUUCCUUCUCAUAAAGCAUUAACAUUAACCCAUGACAAUGUUGUCACUGUGUCCCCUUACGCUCUCACACAUGUUGCAGGGCCCUAUAACCAUUGGGUCUAAAGGCUUCUUUCCCCUUCUUAAUGCCUUUGCUAGUGCAGUGUAUUUUUUCAAGGUGCUGUUAAAAGAAAGUCAUGUUGUCGUUUACUCUAUCUUCAUCUCACCCAUUUCAAGUCUGAGGUAAAAAUUUUAAAAAUAGGGUGGGUACUUAACUGUGACUAUAUUUUGACAAUUGGUAGAAGGUGCACAUUUUAAGCAAAAAUAAAAGUUUUCUAGUUUUAAAUACAUAAAGAAACGUUUUGGUUAGGUGUUAACCUUGAUAGAAUCACUCAGUUUGGUGCUUUAAAUUAAGUCUGUUUACUAUGAAACAAGAGUCAUUUUUAGAGGAUUUUAACAGGUUCAUGUUCUAUGAUGUAAAGUCAAGACACAGUGUUAACUCUACACAGCUCCUGGUGCUUAACCACAUUGACACAGUUAAAAAUAAGCUGAAUCAUUGUUUCAUGGUGCCAUCGUUCCAACAUCUUCCAAUCAUUGCUAGAAAAUCCGCAUUUUCCUUUGAAAUAAACCAAUGAAAUGCUUUCUCUCUUAAAAUAUUUCUCCUGUAUAAAAUAAUUCAUUAUUGUUAGUAAUGGUUGGAGGCUGUUCGUAAAUUGUAAAUAUAUAUUUUAAAAGCACUUUCUAUUUUUAAAAGUAACUUGAAAUAGUAUAGUAUAAGAAUCCUAUUGUCUAUUGUUUGUGCAUAUUUGCAUACAAGAGAAAUCAUUUAUUCUUGCUGUGUAGAGUUCCAUCUUGUUAACUGCAAUGUGUAUUUGAAUUGUGUAUAUGGUUUUUGUUCUUUUAAUGUGUCCUUUGACAUUACGUAUUAGCUACUUAUUAUAAAAUAGUGAGUAAUCUCUAAAAUUGGAAUUAGGAAACGUAUCACCAAUAUUGACUAAGUUCUUUUAAAUUAAAAAAAAGUGUGGUCUCUUCUGAUUUAUUGAGCUACAAUGGCCUCAAUUUACUUUUAUCCCAGCUUUUUCAAUGUGUAACCCAUGAAAGAAGUUUCAAAAGGGAGAUGGAAGAAAAUGUGAUUCAGAAGAGUCAAAUGCUUUUAUGUUUCAAAGUGAUACAGUUCAAAAAUUAAGUAACCAGAACCCUACCCAUCCCAGAAUGUUUUGAAAUCCAUUCUGGUGUAGAAUAAGAAGGGAAAAAAAUUCCUGUAGAAAUCAUUGGAAACAAUUCACCAUUAUUAUCAGUUUCUCCCUGACCCCAGUCAAAGAAUGAGAAUAGUAUUAUAAAUAUGUCUCUGUUCUUUAAGAGCGAAUUCAUUCAUUUAUCUCAGCAUAUUGGACUUGGGGAAAAAGUAAUUUAUCUUCUCUCUUACCUGUGUUCUAGGUAACAGGAAAAAUAGGCAUUCCAUUUAUUUUACUGUUCCCAUUUCCCCCAUUACUUUAUGAAUCAUUUUUUAUAGCAAAACAAAAAGAAUUGCCCAAACAAAAUGUUUUGAACAAGACGAACCUUCUAUGAAAUACUUGAUUCUGUUAAAAUGUAGAGGUGCUAUAACAUUCAAAGUAUCAGAUUCUUUGGGAGUAUAGAAAACCUCAUGGUGCUUCUCCCUUGGAAAUGCCAUAGGAAGCCCACAACUGCUAACUCAAAAUUUUGGUGCAAAAGCAAACAGUUUCAGCAAGCUCUCUAACAAAAAACUCAUUGUAACUUAUUAAAAUAAUAUAUGGUGCAAAGUAUCAGUUUAAAGCUUUUGACUAAUCCAAGUAAAGGAAUAUGAAGGGAUUGUAAAUAAGGAAAUGUCCAUUGAUAGACCAUCAUCUUUUAUGUGUAAAAUAGGGUAAUUCAUUGACUUGUUUUAGUAUUUUGUGUGCCUUAGAUUUCCGUUUUAAAACAUGUAUUUUUUUUUUUGAGCCUAAGGUUUCUUAUAAGUAUGUAAGUGAUUGUUUAUUGCUUCAGCUGCUUCAGUAAGAUAUUUUCUAGUAUUAGACUAUCAGGAAUACACCCUUGUGAUAACUACAUUUUAGCUUUUAGGCCUUACCUCCACUAGAAAUUGUUUCCUCGCCAGAUAGAAUGGAUAAAAUUUUAUGUCCCUUAAUCUACCAUCCAGCUAUCUAUUUCCCCAGUACAUACUUAUUGAAUGCCUGCUAAAUUUAAAUAUCGCUUUUGUUUUUUCUUGGAAUCAUCACCUUUGACAUGGUAAAACUGAAGAAUAAAAAUCCUAAAUGAUAACUUUGAAAAUGUAUUUUUAAAGAAAUAGCAAAUUACCUUCAAAAUAACCCAUGGUAGUACUAUGUGCAGUGAUUCAAAUCAAUUUGUUUCUAACUUUAAAUAAAUUUCUUAAUCAUCUAAAUUUUAAUGUUGAUUAAAGGGACUAUUGGGAUUUGUGAAACUAGUCACCGUUUACCAAAACUAGUACUGAAAAUAUCCAGUUUAAAUUAAAAUGUUUCCAUUCCAUUGUUGUAAUAAACGUUAUGAAUGGGCUGCCUCAACCAAUAACCCCAUGUGGGAACUCCAGUCUGUUUCUACUUUGUUGAAUUUUAACAGUUUACUAUCCCAUUCUCUGCCCUGUGAUUUUUUUUUUUUUUAAGCUUAUGCUUAUUCAAUGUUUUGCAGCAUUGUGAUUGUAUGCUGGCUACACUGCUUUAGAAUGCUCUUUCUCAUGAAGCAAGAAAAUAAAUUGGUUUGAAAUGACAUUUUCACUCAUAAAACUGGUCAUCUAACGUUAUUUCUGCACCUCUGCUUUACUGAAAUGACUACCUUUUACCUCUAUAUUGUACUCAAAUUGGGUUUUAAAUCUACAUUUGUUCAUGGUAUGAUCAUUGAAUUCAUUUAUACAUGACCUCCCAGUUAUUCCAGUUCAUAAUGUUACAAAUUUAUCAACUAUAAUGAUAAAUAUAAUGAUAAAAUAACUCCUACUUAGGAUUCUACAUACUACUGAAAGCAUACUGUCCCUCAAAAUUCCAUUUCUAAUGGUUAUGAGGCCAUCACUGAAUUGUAUUUCCCCCCUUAUGCUUGUCAGCCUCACUUACAUUUUGUUUCCAAUUCAUCCACAAAAAACCAACUAGAUCAUAUCAGAAACCUAAUUAAAUUAUUUAUUGAACAAUGAAGCUAUCUAAAAACGUAUAACUGCAGGUGAAUUUCUGCAGUGUGUUCACAUCUUAAGUAACUUUCCAACAUCUUUAUUAUUCAAUCUGCAUGUGGAUGAAAUAAUUUGAUUUGUUAAAUAUAGAACUUCCCUAGAUGAGAUCCAUAACCAAUUUACUUAAGACAUAACCCCAAUACAUACUUAAUUGAAUGCAUACCCUUGUGUAAAUGUACUGAUUUAGUUCAUAUGAAGUAACCUACUUUCUAAUGUUAUUACUCCAGCGUACUCCUACUGAUUACCAUUUCACCAUAGCAUGAGCAAAAAUAACCCCCAAAUAGUCUUUUAAAACAAAAAAAUUAAGAUUUUUUUUUUCCCCCGGGACAGAUUUAAGAAAUCAUUGCAUGGUAAUUUCCAACAAUAGUGGGCAUAGCAUUUCCUUUGAAUGUGCCAACUAAAUUGAUAGGUGUAUGCAACAUUUACUAGUUAACCUUCAAUUUCACACCUUGAUGCAUGGAAAUCUAGGUUUAAUACAACUGUGAAUUUUAAUAUUUUGUAGAGAUUUAUGAUGACAAUUGUUAAAUAAUAUAACAUGUUAGUUCCUCAUAGUGGUGGAAGUCACUUCAGAAGUCAUACAGUUCCCUCACUAGAACCCAGAGAACAGAUACCAAUUUCUGUUUGUAAUUAGACUUUAAAUAGGUGAAGGCUACUUUGUGUUUAGAACCAUAUAGAAUAAACAAACUAUUUUUUUUUUUUUACCCACAAGGUGUUUUAUCACUAGGAAAUAGCCUUAUUUAGGGACAAACCAAAAAUUAAAUGCCAGGCGUGGUGGUGCACAUUUUUUUGUGAUCCUAGCGAUUCUGGAGGCUGA